GGUAAUUCUCCUUCACUAGUGUCUGGAUAAAGAAAGACUAGGUCAGCCAUGUGGAUGCGUCUGUUGAACAGCUGAAGAGGAGGAGGAGGGGGUUCUACAGAAAGAGAGUGAGAUAGAAAGAGCGAACGUGCUGUGUGUGCAUAUGAAAGAAAGCGCGAGGAGAGAGCGAGGGAGCGCGUGAGUGUGAGCGCGCGCGUGUGUGAAAAAGGAAGCGGAGUCUGUAAACGCCGAACUCACUGAUUUCCUACCCUCCACAAACUCAAGCUUUUGGAGUUAUUACACAGCGAAAAGGAGGAGGGGGGACCGCAUACGUUCAGAAAACGAGUCCCCGGGCGGUCCGAAUGCGAAUAAAUUAGUAAAGCGAGGUCGUCUUUUGUUGAGGCAUUUGCCCCGUUUCUCCUCUGUAUGGACAGCGGCUUUCUCAGGAUAAAGUAUCUACGUGAUAGUGCUCAGCCCUCGGCUUCUUGGAUUUUGGCCCAGGCCGAGAAGCUCGGCUGGGUCAUUUUCAACGAACAGUCGUGGAAUUGUGUUUGAAGUUGUUUGCAGCAGCCCAAUAGGAACUUAGAUCAUAAUACUGGCGGCUCUUCUGAAACACUGGGGUUGUUGGUGUGGCCAAAUUUUCCCUGGAUUUGAUUGGUAAAUUCAGAAGACUGAAGCCCAGGCUCACAGUCUACCUUUCACGGAGGCCCAGCCGUGAGAGGACAGAAGAAGGCACGUGGCGAAUCAUGACUGCCGACAAAGAGAAGGACAAGGAGAGGGAGCGCGAGCGUGAUCGGGACCGGGACAGAGACCGCGAGAAGCGGGACAAAAUGCGAGAGUGCGAGAGCUCACGGCCCCGGCGAAGUUGCACACUGGAGGGCGGUGCUAAGAACUAUGCUGAGAGCGAACACAGUGAGGAUGACGAUAACGAGACGCCUGGGGCCGCCAACGCCGAGGAGGGCGGUAAGAAAAAUAAGAAGAAGCUGCCCAAGAAGAAGUCGCGCUAUGAGCGAAUGGAGAACGGCGAGAUUACUUCCUUCAUUACGGAGGAUGACAUUGUUUACAGACCCGGUGAUUGUGUGUACAUAGAGAGCCGACGGCCGAACACGCCCUACUUCAUCUGUAGCAUUCAGGACUUCAAGCUGAGUAAACGGGACCAUCUGUUAAUGAAUGUGAAAUGGUAUUACCGCCAGUCUGAGGUACCUGACUCCGUCUACCAGCACCUGGUGCAGGACCGCAACAAUGAGAACGACUCUGGUCGUGAGCUGGUUAUUACUGAUCCCGUGGUUAAGAGCAGAGAGCUUUUCAUCUCAGACUAUGUGGACACUUAUCAUGCUGCUGCCCUCAGGGGGAAAUGUAACAUUUCACACUUUUCUGACAUAUUUGCUGCCAGGGAGUUCAAAGCACGAAUCGACUCUUUCUUCUACAUCUUAGGAUAUAACCCAGAAACCAGGCGAUUAAACAGUACACAAGGGGAGAUUCGAGUCGGUCCCAGUCACCAGGCCAAGCUGCCAGAACUCCAGCCCUUUCCCUCUCCUGGAGGUCAGGCAGUGACAGAGAAUGAGGAGCUGGUUUGGAUGCCUGGGGUCAACGACUGUGACCUGCUCAUGUACCUGCGGGCAGCCAGGAGCAUGGCAGCAUUUGCAGGGAUGUGUGAUGGGGGGUCAACAGAAGACGGCUGCCUCGCCGCCUCACGAGACGACACUACACUUAACGCAUUAAACACUCUUCAUGAGAGCAGCUAUGAUGCCGGGAAAGCCCUGCAGCGGUUGGUGAAGAAGCCAGUGCCCAAGCUGAUCGAGAAGUGCUGGUCAGAAGACGAAGUGGUGAGUGAACGAGUUAACUUUCUUCAUUAUUUGGAGAGGGAAGGCCGGAUUUCGCUGCAUUGCUGGCUCUUUGUCGUCCGCUGAAAAGCACUCAGGAUU